AUGCCUGACGUUGAGCGACAGCAAGACCAACACCAACACCACUCACGGCAGCAGGGACACCACGGAACCAUCAGUCAAUCUAUCGAACAUGAUUCCAGCCACAGUCCCGAACGACCAUCAUAUUCUCCAGUAACUCCGACUUUGUCGCAUAGCGACCUUCCCAAUCCAGAUGACACCCCGGAAACCUUGCCACAAUGGCUGGAUGAUGAGCCAGAGUCGCUGCCGGUAAGCCUAGACGACAAUCCUGAUGCCAUUGCACUGAGAUCAGCAUUAUCCGUGUUACAAAUACAGCGGCAACGUGCGCUACAAGAUAUGCGCGACCUAGAGAAAUUGAAGAAUGCAGCCUUGGAGGAUCCUGAGCAGUUUAUCAAAGACCUGGUCGAACACAAGCUGGUACCCUCGACUCAAGACGAAAUCGGCAUGGUCGGCGAUGACGAUUUAACAGAAGGGACCGCGAAAGACACCUCAAAAUUUGGGAAGCUACCCAGUGCACAACAGGUGUUUCGGACUCCUCCUAUUGAAUGGGCAAAGUAUCACAUUGUCGGUGAGCCGUUAGAUCGUAUGCAUGAGGUACAGCAGCAUUAUCCAGGCUACACCGAAGAGACGCAUGAUGGUGGAAACCGACCAGUACCUCAAACUAUUGCGGCACCUUACCGGCCAUUCGUGGACAAGCCGGAACGAGCGCAAAGUACGAAGAAGUCAUGA